CUUCUAAGUGUUUUCUCUUUUUUUUUUUGUUUUUGUUUUCUUCUUUUUUGUCUUCCUCUCUAUAUCCGUAUUCUUUCAUUCCGCAGUAUACUUCAUUGAUUUUCCAGGUUUUUGAUGAGCGAACAAUCGAUUAAGAAGAAUGGUUUAGCCAAUGAUAUAAUUGAGUCAAUUAUGACACCUGGUUAUACAGCAAAAGGUGUAAUAAAGAUCAUGUUCUAUGCCUUUUAUGCAUUAUUUAUUACACUCUUAAUCAUGAUAUUCUUGACGGGUGGCAAUCUCCACGUAAUUGCUCUGUUAUUGUUAGCAAUCUGCCUCUUUGUACUAAUUAAAUGGUUUCUUAUUUCAAUGGAAGAAAUGAAGUUGGAGCAGCAGCAAGGAAAUGAUAAGAAACAAAACUGAACAAAGCAAAUGACGCACGUUUUA